CUGGGACUCCUGUGUCCCCUGUGCAUUGUCGGGACACAUGGCCAGAGCUGGUGGGAACCCUGGGGUUUGGGGGAGCUUGGUGCUAUUGGGAGUGUGUGGUUGCACAGUGGUCAGGGCAGCUGCUCCAUACCCAGUGAGAACCCUGAGGGUGGAAGCUCAGACCAACAGCUCCAUCAGCCUGAGCUGGGAGCCACCCGAGAGCUCCUCAUCCCAGGACCUCACCUACUGGGCCGAAUGCAGUCGAUAUGAUGGUAAAAAUGAGACCCGGACUACAACAGACACCAGUGUCACUGUGGAUGGACUUGACCCUGGGUCUUCAUAUGAGUGUUCUGUGUGGGUGGAAAAAUAUGGAGUCAAUAGCACCAGGGAGGUUCGCAGUACUGCCACAGCUCCAAACCCAGUGAGAACCCUGAGGGUGGAAGCUCAGACCAACAGCUCCAUCAGCCUGAGCUGGGAGCCACCCGAGAGCUCCUCAUCCCAGGACCUCACCUACUGGGCCGAAUGCAGUCGAUAUGAUGGUAAAAAUGAGACCCGGACUACAACAGACACCAGUGUCACUGUGGAUGGACUUGACCCUGGGUCUUCAUAUGAGUGUUCUGUGUGGGUGGAAAAAUAUGGAGUCAAUAGCACCAGGGAGGUUCGCAGUACUGCCACAGCUCCAAACCCAGUGAGAACCCUGAGGGUGGAAGCUCAGACCAACAGCUCCAUCAGCCUGAGCUGGGAGCCACCCGAGAGCUCCUCAUCCCAGGACCUCACCUACUGGGCCGAAUGCAGUCGAUAUGAUGGUAAAAAUGAGACCCGGACUACAACAGACACCAGUGUCACUGUGGAUGGACUUGACCCUGGGUCUUCAUAUGAGUGUUCUGUGUGGGUGGAAAAAUAUGGAGUCAAUAGCACCAGGGAGGUUCGCAGUACUGCCACAGCUCCAAACCCAGUGAGAACCCUGAGGGUGGAAGCUCAGACCAACAGCUCCAUCAGCCUGAGCUGGGAGCCACCCGAGAGCUCCUCAUCCCAGGACCUCACCUACUGGGCCGAAUGCAGUCGAUAUGAUGGUAAAAAUGAGACCCGGACUACAACAGACACCAGUGUCACUGUGGAUGGACUUGACCCUGGGUCUUCAUAUGAGUGUUCUGUGUGGGUGGAAAAAUAUGGAGUCAAUAGCACCAGGGAGGUUCGCAGUACUGCCACAGCCCCUAACCCAAUAAUGAACCUGUCUCUGGUGACUCAGACUAAUGAUUCCAUCACCCUGAGCUGGGAGACCCCCAAGGGUCCAGACUUUCAAGGUUAUACCUACAGCGUGCAGUGCACUGGAAAUGGGGACAGAAGUGAGACCCAACAUGUAGAAAACACCAGCAUCACAAUUGAGAAGCUUGAGGCUGGGACCAUGUACAGCGUCUCUGUGUGGGCCAAUAAGAAUGGAGUCUCAAGCUUCCCGAAGACCCUAAACACCUCCACAGCUCCCAAUGAAGUGACACAUCUACAGAAUAAAAGCCUUACCAACAGCUCAGUGACCCUGACAUGGAAUCCCCCUGAUGACCCCUAUUCUCACACCUACACCUACUGGGUCCAUUGGGCCAGUGAAGAGGAGCCCCAGGGAAAGCAAGAUCCUGGAGGACAUGGAGCCAAAUCCAAAGCUAAAACCAAUGAGUCUUGGUAUGAGGUCACAGCCCUCAGGUCUGGCACUUUGUACAACUUCAGCGUGUGGGCAGAAAGGAACCAUGUACCCAGUUCCAUACAGAGCCUCCAGGCACCCACAGCACCCGUUGCUGUCAACAUCAUCUCUUGCAUCAGCACCUCUGGGGGUUAUGGUGUUGUCCUGAAGUGGUCCUGCCCAUCUGGAGGUUAUGAGACCUUUGAGGUGGAAGUGGGCAGGCAACGGAGCACCCAGGAUGGAUCUUUGUGUGAGAAGGGUGUGUCUGUGUCAGAUCUUAGCCCAGCUCAAUCCUACACAGCCACCGUCACAACUGUCUUUAAUGGACUGAGGGUCCAGUCCAUCUCUAUGACCUGCAACACAGAGAGCACAGGGGUCAUUGUUGGAGCCAUCGUGGGCAUCCUUCUGCUUUUCAUCCUUGUGGGCCUGCUGAUUUUCUUCCUGAAGAGGAGAAGAAAGAUGAGGCAGCCAAAGGGAGUGCCCAAGGCUCUGGUGUCCAGCUUCCCAGGGGAUAUCCUGGCCAAAGACUUUGCUGAGCACAUCAAGGAGAAUGAAAAGGACAGCAACUAUGGAUUUGCUGAGGAGUAUCAGCAAUUGGCUCUGGAGGGACAAGGCCAGUCUCAGAUGGCAGCAUUGGCUCCAGAGAACACAUCCAAGAACCGCUUCAGGAAUGUACUUCCCUAUGACUGGUCCCGGGUUCCCCUGAAGCCCUGCCAUGAAGAACCAGGCUCUGACUAUAUCAACGCUAGCUUCAUACCUGGUCUCUGGAGCCCCAAGGAGUUCAUUGCAACCCAGGGUCCCCUGCCUCACACUGUGAGGGAUUUCUGGCGUCUGGUGUGGGAACAGCGGAGCCACACCGUGGUCAUGCUGACCAACUGCGUGGAGUCUGGACGGGUGAAGUGUGAGCAUUAUUGGCCUCUGGAUGCUCAGCCCUGCACUCAUGGGCAGCUGCAGGUGACGCUGAUAAGUGAGGAAGUGACAGAGAACUGGGCAGUGAGGGAUCUUCAGCUCUUCCACAUGGAGGAGCAGCAGACUCUCUCUGUACGUCAAUUCCACUACCUGGCCUGGCCAGAUCAUGGAGUUCCUUACUCCCUAGACCCCUUGCUGGCUUUCCAAAAGGUGCUUCGGCAAUGGUUGGACCAAACCAUGGAUGGAGGCCUGCCCAUUGUGCAUUGCAGUGCCGGCGUGGGCCGGACAGGCACCCUCAUUGCACUGGAUGUCCUGCUCCGGCAGCUGGAGUGUGAGGGGCUGGUAGGUCCCUUCAACUUUGUGAAGAGGAUGAGAGAGAGCCGGCCACUGAUGGUGCAGACAGAGGCCCAGUAUGUGUUCCUCCACCAGUGCAUCUUGAGAUCCCUCCAGAAGUCAGCUCCAGACCUCGUCCCGAAGGAGGCAGUGUAUGAGAAUGUGGCCAGCCUCAUCUAUGAGAAUGCAGCUGCCAUCAGAGCCCAUGACUCUGAGGUUUCCCCUUCUGGGUGCUGAGCCUACACACAGACAUACUCAGGCCAGAUCUGGACCCAUGAUGGAGCCCAGAUACCUGGACCUCCAAGAGAAAUGAGGGUUGGAGGCCCAGCAUCCCCGUCCCUGUGGUAGAAGACCAUUGGAUGCCUCUCUCCUCUUCUCCAAAGGCAGGAAGAGUCUGAUGUACCUCAACUUGUGAGCCUGGGGGCUGGGAGCCUGAGGACAGGGGUGGCAGGUUCUGUUCUUUGAGAGGAGGUGGGCGUGGCCUGGGUAUCCAGGGUCUCAAAGAAACAGGCUGGACCCUGGAGUCAGAAGAAGGAAUCAGGGUCUGGAAUUCUGCUGCCUGAGGAGUAAAGGCAAGCAGGUAACUGCCCCCUUUUUACUUUAGAAACCAAACCAGUCUCCUUUAAUCGGGGUCUGAGGGAGUUCCUCUGCUUGUGGUUUCCCCGUGUCCCAUGUCUGCACAUUAUUUCCUUCUGUAUAAUUUAUUAAACUCUUCCCACUGAAA